CUCUAGAGCUUCUGUUGAACCAGGUAAAGUAUGUCAUAUUUUAUAUUAUAUGAAUGUAUUUAAACCCAAGCAUUUUUACAGAAUUAACUAAUAGGUAGAACACAGGCUGACCUUAAUUUGUUGCCUUCUACAUGUCAGCUGUUUUAACUGAGCAAGUUAUGAAACAACCUUUGUUGAAGAAUUAAUACAGUUUUAAAGUACUACCUUAUAUUAGCUAAGAAAAUGUGGUUACUUGGUUUAGAUUAAUGUUUCUGUCUUCCCUUUUUAUUUAAAAGACUACUAUUAUCAUGCAAAUGAAGGGGUGUGGUGCUUCAAACAGGCUGUGAUAUAUGCUUUUUUUUCUUCUUUUUUUUUCUUUUUUUUUUUUUUUUUUCUUUUUCAUUUGUUGUUGUCAAUAGAAAAGAUUGAUCUCUGGGCUGGUGAACAUAUCAUCUGUCCCAGUCAGAAAAGGAAAGAGGAAAUUAGCAGAGCGAUUGGUGGAGAAUGAUAUCUGUCAAAAGAAACACUUGGAGAGCACUGAGUUUAGUGAUAGGUGACUGCCGGAAAAAAGGGAACUUUGAAUUGUGUCAAGAUCGCACUGAGAAGCAUUCCACAAUGCCAGACUCACCUGUGGAUGUGAAGACACAAUCCAGGCUGACGCCUCCAACCAUGCCACCUCCUCCCACUACCCAAGGAGCUCCAAGAACCAGUUCAUUUACGCCCACAACGUUAACCAAUGGCACUAGCCAUUCACCAACAGCGUUAAAUGGAGCUCCAUCUCCUCCUAAUGGCUUUAGCAAUGGGCCAUCCUCUUCCUCUUCCUCUUCUCUGGCUAACCAGCAGUUACCGCCAGCUUGUGGAGCUAGGCAGCUCAGCAAACUGAAGAGAUUUCUUACAACCUUACAGCAGUUUGGCAAUGACAUUUCACCAGAGAUUGGGGAGAGAGUGCGUACCCUUGUGCUAGGACUUGUGAAUUCUACUUUGACAAUUGAAGAAUUUCAUUCCAAACUGCAAGAAGCUACUAACUUCCCACUGCGACCUUUUGUCAUCCCAUUUUUAAAGGCCAAUCUGCCCCUGCUGCAGCGGGAGCUGCUGCACUGUGCAAGGCUAGCCAAGCAGAACCCAGCCCAGUACCUCGCCCAGCACGAACAGCUGCUUCUGGAUGCCAGCACCACCUCACCUGUUGACUCCUCAGAGCUGCUUCUCGAUGUGAACGAAAACGGGAAGAGGCGAACUCCAGACAGAACCAAAGAAAAUGGCUUUGACAGAGAGCCUUUGCACUCAGAGCAUCCAAGCAAGCGGCCCUGCACUAUUAGUCCAGGCCAGCGGUACAGUCCAAAUAAUGGCUUAUCUUAUCAGCCCAAUGGUCUGCCUCAUCCCACCCCACCUCCACCUCAGCAUUAUCGUUUGGAUGAUAUGGCCAUUGCCCACCACUACAGGGACUCAUACAGACACCCCAAUCACAGGGACCUCAGGGACAGAAACAGACCUAUGGGGUUGCAUGGCACGCGUCAAGAAGAAAUGAUUGAUCACAGGCUAACAGACAGAGAAUGGGCAGAAGAGUGGAAACAUCUUGACCAUUUGUUGAACUGUAUAAUGGACAUGGUGGAAAAAACUAGGCGAUCUCUCACUGUCCUACGGCGAUGUCAAGAAGCAGACCGUGAGGAGCUGAAUUACUGGAUACGGCGGUACAGUGAUGCGGAGGAUUUAAAAAAAGGCGGAAACAGCAGCAGCAGUCAUUCCAGACAGCAGAGUCCAGUGAAUCCAGAUCCAGUUUCACUAGAAUCUCAUCGGGAAUUCCUUCACAGGCCUGCAUCUGGAUAUGUGCCAGAGGAGAUCUGGAAGAAAGCUGAGGAAGCUGUCAAUGAAGUGAAGCGGCAGGCGAUGGCCGAGCUGCAGAAGGCGGUGUCGGAGGCCGAGCGGAAGGCUCACGACAUGAUCACUUCCGAGAGGGCCAAGAUGGAACGCACUGUUGCCGAAGCCAAGCGCCAGGCGGCAGAGGAUGCCCUGGCUGUCAUCAAUCAGCAGGAGGAUUCAAGUGAGAGUUGCUGGAACUGUGGCCGGAAAGCUAGUGAAACCUGCAGUGGUUGCAACACAGCAAGAUACUGUGGCUCAUUUUGCCAGCACAAGGACUGGGAGAAGCACCAUCACAUCUGUGGACAGACCCUCCAAGCCCAGCAGCAAGGAGAGACACCAGCAGUGAGCUCCUCCGUGACACCCAGCAGCGGGGCCGGGAGCCCCAUCGACACUCCACCAGCAGCUACUCCGAGGUCCACCACCCCGGGAACCCCGUCCACCAUAGACGCGACUCCUCGUUAA